AUUGACAAAAUUACUUCUGUUGUUUUUGGAUAAACUAAUUUAAAAAUUCUUUUUGCUUUGAGCAACCGUUUCUUAUACAAAGUUUGCAGGCGGGAUCAAUUAAGAAUUUAAAGUGAAUAAACCAAUUUUCUUAUGUCUUUGUGCUUUAAAAUAUUCGACAAACAUUAUAUCGUUAAGACAAACAUCCAAAAGUAUUCAAGCUUUUGAAAUCAUUCUUGCCUUUGCAUGGAUAUCAAUUAAAAUGUUAUUGAAUGCUGUUCUCAAUAAAAUGGAUGGAAUCAUGGAAGGCAAUUAUAUGUCAAAUAAAACCGCACUAAAAAUUAAAUAAUGUUCGCUAGUGGCAUUAUAAUUUAAUGUCGAAUCCGGGAAAUAUAAGCGACGAAUUUAGAUUGUUAUAAAUAUAAACCAUUGUGGAAAAAAUAUUGCAAUAUUCGUAAUGAGUUCAGCUCGAGGCGAUGUAAAGAAAAAACCGGGAAAUAGAGUGCUAAAGGUCCUUGCAUUGGAGAAGUAGGCUCUGAAUUUUUCAGGUCCUUGAGAUCAAUUUUUGUUUCGAAAACUGACUCAAAAAACAUUGUUUAAAGUCAACAUUUAACAACAAGUCUCUUGCUUUUACGCAAUUUAGGAAAAUCAAACCGUGUUAAAAUGGUAUUAGUCAAAUUUAUUGACGUUUUUUUUAACUACUUCAGGGUGGUAUUUUGUAAAGUUCAGAUGCGCAGCUGACAUUAUAGGUGCCCAAACUUCUUAAUUCUUAAGAAUAAGGAUCAAAUUAAGAUCACAGUAUAUUUAAGCUAUCGUCAACUGCUGCAAAAUUUCUUGCUUCUUCAAAACCAACCUGAUUUUAAGAUGUUGACGAAUCAAGGCCAAGCCUCUGAGAUUGCCAGUUCUCCCAAUGACGCGUUGCAGCUACAACCAUUAUCAAAUUUGGCCAAUAAUUUAACAAAUUCGGAUUUUGAAGAAGAGGAUCUUCGAUUCUCUCGAAUAGCUGAUAAAAAUAAACUUUUGAAACUUAGUUGGUGGCACUCCCAGGCUGCAACGCACAGCUUAGAACAAAAACUAGUGCAGCCCAGAAGAAAUGAUAGAGUACCCAGCAGUAAAACGAAAAAGGUUGAGAAUAAUAACACUUUGGUCAACGGCUGCAUUAACACGCCAGCAAGAUCGGUCCCGUUACAUCCUUAUAUUCCUCCCAGCCAGGACAGCGAACAAAAGGAAGCAGACGUCCUUGAGCAAAACGUCGAUGAGAGUUGUACGAAAGACUCGCACAGACUAGUUGAUGAUUCUAAACCAUGUACUGGAUUACUAAACGAAGAUCAGGAGGAUCAAAUGCAAGUGACUGGCUUUCGUCGUUCUUAUAUACGAACUGUGUGUUGCUGGGCCUGUAUUUUCCUAACUGGAGGUCUAUUGCGUCUGUUGCUAUAUUGGUGGCGACAUUUGUAUCUAUUUGCCACAUGCUCUCAGUGUUCGUUAGAGGAGGCAGAACAAGUUCUGGUAACGGAGAUUUACAAAGAAAAACACAAGCUGUAUCACGUAAAGAAAAUUCAAGUUCUUACUGUAAACCACCUCAAAACAGUGUUGCAAAAGGAGUCACCAGGUCCAGAAAGCAUGCGUAGGGAAAGCAACAGUAUGGAAGACUCCCUGCAGCUAUCGGUUCACUUUUCCUCAGCGCAGUUCAAAAGAUGUUCUUCAGUACGAAUAUUCCGGUGCAAGCAGCUGAUCUAUGCGUGGAACAAUAAUCUAAGUCGAUUUCAAAAAAUAAAUGGCCUGGACCAAAACGUACCGUGUUCAUAUUAUCACCAGCAACGUGGAUUAAGUCUAAACGAACAGAUUUCAAGACGAAUUGUUUUUGGAGAAAAUGAAAUCACUGUACCAUUGCGAGAUGUCAAGACACUACUUUUCCUAGAAGUACUGAAUCCUUUUUACGUUUUCCAAAUAUUCUCGGUGGUUCUAUGGUUUACAUAUGAUUAUUAUUACUAUGCUUGCGUAAUACUUUUAAUGUCUAUAUUCGGAAUAACUAUGUCGAUUUUGCAAACAAAAAAGAACCAAGACGUCCUUCAUAAAACAGUAUGCAACACUGGCAAGGCUUGGGUUGUUGAUUUUAAGGGUUUUUCUAAGGAGUUCCCAACCCAAGUCCUCGUGCCGGGAGAUAUUAUCGAAAUACCAUCUUCUGGCUGUACAAUGCAAUGCGACGCCGUAUUACUAUCAGGAAACUGUAUAAUAGAUGAGUCUAUGCUCACAGGGGAGAGCGUUCCAGUGACUAAAACUCCAUUACCAUCAAAACGUGAUAUAAUAUUUGAUAAAACGGAGCAUGCCAGACACACGCUGUUUUGUGGCACAAAGGUCAUUCAGACUCGUUACAUUGGAUCAAAGAAAGUGUUGGCGUUUGUGAUUAACACUGGAAAUAUAACAGCCAAAGGUGAACUAAUAAGAUCUAUUCUUUAUCCCCCACCUGUAGACUACAAAUUUGAACAAGACUCGUAUAAAUUUAUUCAGUUUCUGGCACUUAUUGCCUGUGUUGGAUUUAUCUAUACGCUUGUUACGAAAAUUUUGCGUGGAACAGAUCCUGUUAAAAUAGCAGUAGAGUCUCUGGACCUCAUUACAAUUGUAGUCCCACCAGCUCUACCAGCAGCAAUGACCGUGGGUCGUUUCUAUGCACAAAAACGGCUAAUGACUAGUGAAAUAUUUUGUAUUUCUCCACGUUCUAUAAACGUAGCCGGGAGCAUAAAUUGCUGUUGCUUUGACAAGACUGGUACCCUCACUGAAGAUGGACUAGAUAUGUGGGUGGUUCCAAAAUCAUUAACUAACCGAUUUCAAAUACCGUUAAAAGAUGUGGAUCGUCUCCCUUACGAUCAUUUUCUUUUCGGUAUGGUAACCUGUCAUUCAAUUACAAUAGUGAACGGCUCAAUGAUGGGGGAUCCGUUGGAUUUAAAAAUGUUUCAGUCUACGGGUUGGACACUUGAGGACUCUAAUAACAUACCAGAUCAUGAAAAAUAUGGUAUUAUUUAUCCAACCAUUUUAAGGCAACCAAAAUCGUGUCUUUCUGAAUUGACUUCUUCGAAUACGGAAGCAAAAAAGCCAAUAAAUCGGCAAUCUUCUUUGGACGAUUUACUAGCCACUGUUGGCAUCUCGCAAGCUCAAAAGAAUUUCGAUCAUGGCAUUGUUAGAGAAUUCCCAUUCACUUCCAGUCUUCAGCGAAUGUCUGUUAUAACUCGAUGUCUCAGUGACAAGGUUUUCAAUGUUUACUGCAAAGGUUCUCCUGAAAUGUUACAAAAGCUGUGCACAACACAAAGUUUGCCGGACAACUAUUCCCAACAACUUUCGGCAUUUGCCAGAAAAGGAUACAGAAUAAUUGCUGUUGCAUUUAAAGCUCUUCCACACAAGAUGAACUAUACAAAAAUCCAGCGACUAACCCGCGAAGAGAUUGAAAACAGCCUGGAGUUUCUUGGAUUCGUAAUACUUGAAAAUCGUCUCAAACCAGAUACUGCUAAUGUAAUCAACGCACUAAGCUCGGCCAAAAUAAGAACCGUGAUGAUAACGGGCGAUAAUAUAUUAACUGCUAUGAGUGUUGCUCGUGAUUGUGGAAUAGUGUGUGCAUCGCAAGCUGUUAUAACAGUACACGCAGAUCCUGUUGACGAUGAUACUAAUACCGCUGGUCACACUAACACCGCAGGUCACACUAACACCGCAGGUCACAACACUAACACUGAAAUUGUAGCUGAUCAUUUUAAAGAUAAACACUACAAGUUGCAGUACACUUUAGACUUGGGAAGUAAAACCUCACCAUCAUCGCUUCUGACUCCUAGCGUUUUCCCCGGGGAAAUUCCGGGUAAGGAAUUUGGCAACGUCGGUGCUCGAACUCCCCUUUAUCGCCUGGAGUCGACGAAUUCUUUAGUAAAUGAGUUAAGUUCAAGCUAUGCAGAAAGCGUUUUGCCGACCAGUGACAGUUUGGCCAGUCUGAAAACCACAGAGACAUGGACCCAUAACGAAGUAAAAGAUGUCGAUGUUGAACUUGGAAUGAAACGUACACCAGACGAAUGCUGGCGGCAGGACUAUGUUUUUGCAAUGGAAGGUAAAACUUGGCAAAUAAUAAAAGAUCACUUUCCCGAAGAAAUGGGAAUUCUAUUAACGCGUGGAUCCAUUUACGCACGAAUGUCGCCCGAUCAGAAACAGGCGCUAAUAAUUGAACUUCAAAACCUCGAUUACUGCGUUGCCAUGUGCGGGGAUGGCGCCAACGACUGUGGAGCCCUAAAGGUGGCCCACGCUGGUAUUUCCUUAAGCGAAACCGAAGCGUCGAUAGCGUCGCCGUUUACCUCUCGAAACCCAACUAUUUCUGCGGUUAUAAAAGUUAUUAGAGAAGGACGCGCUGCAUUAGUCACAUCGUUUGGUAUUUUCAAAUACAUGGCAGCCUAUUCUCUUGUUCAGUUUAUAUCUGUAAUGAUUCUGUACUCGAUCGACUCAAACCUCACUGACAAGCAGUAUCUUUAUGUGGACCUUGGAUUGAUUUCAAUAUUUGCCUUCUUUUUUGGCAAAACUGAAUCGUUUGACGGCAAACUAGUUAAACAAGUACCACUCAGCUCAUUGAUAUCAUCGACGCCAUUGGCAUCGCUCUUACUGCAUCUUACUGUUGUCACAGUAUUCCAGGUGACUGGUUGGAUCCAUCUCCAUCAGCAGCCAUGGUUCGAACGCAUCCAACCUGCAGAUGCCGGUCACUUGGGUUGCUAUGAAAACUACACAAUGUUCUGCAUAUCCAGUUUUCAGUACAUAAUUCUCGCUUUUGUCUUCUCCAAGGGUGCGCCGUAUCGUAAGCCACUGUGGUCCAACUGGCCACUAUGUUUAGCAUUUAUUGUAAAUGUAUGUGUCAUAGUCUAUUUAGCAAUUAAGCCAAGCGACUGGGUAAAAAAUUUUUUUCAGCUUAUUGUACCACCUGUUAUGAGCUUUCGAUAUAUUAUGCUUCUUUACGGAGUGGCGGCAUUUUUUUGUCAUGUCUUCGUGGAGUCUUUUCUGGUUGAAUAUCUUGUAUUUAAAAAAUACCAAGUCCAAAGAGAUCAAAACUGGAUCACAUCUAAGCAAAAAUACAUGCGCCUCGAGCAUGACAUUUCAAAAAUAGAUAAUUGGCCACCAAUAACAGAAGCUUAUGAACCAAAUAGUUGCAACGACUGGGAAAUAGUGCAGCCCACAUAUGUCAGCUUGCACGCUGAACAAAAUCAUGAUACACAGCUUGGAAAAUUUCCCGGAUUUCUGUAGUAAAUUUGUUUUAAAAAAUAUUGUUAAUAGUAAAUAAAAAGUGCGAAUAAUGUUCGCCAAUCCUUUUACAUUUCA